AUUUUGCUUGCGUGGAUAAUCCAUGGAAAGUCAGCUAAUCCUGAACGAAACAAAGAGGCUAUGGAGAUGGAACCUCACCAAUCCUGACAUUGAAGAAACCUUUGUUAUAAAAAAUGAACUGGAUGAAAUCAGUAAUACAGUUUGGCCCAAAUAAAUGUGUGAGAUUUAAUUUCUUGGCCAGUCUCUCUCUUUUUAGGUUAAAAUGUCACGAUUUUGCUUUCCUUCUUAGAUUCACUGAUUUUCAUUGUUUAAUAAGCAAAUGAAAGCGCCUUAUGCAAAACAAUGAGACACCCUUCGGUUUAGUGUCAUUAAAUCAGAUUCAUAGUAAUCACAAAGCGUACGACCAAUCAAAAAACAGGACAGUAUCACUAGGAGCAAAUUACAACUUUUAAAGCAGACUGCCUAAAGUGCUUUAAAAUGCAAGCUGACCAAUCGUUAAGCUUAGAUUUUUUUAUGCAUUUCGUUUGGAUUUAUGAGGAUGGUGUCUAUAAGAACUAACAUGCAUAUUCCGAAAAAAACUCAGAAUGCAAAGUUCCGCUUGGCAUGGAAAACGGCAACAUCCAGGACGAUCAAAUAACUGCGUCCUCGCAAUGGAACUCAGUCACUCACGGCGUCACCCGGGCUAGAUUGAAUCUUCUGCCAAGUUCAGGAGCGGGAGGAUGGGUGGCUUUACAACACACAAUUCAUGAGUGGCUCCAGGUGGACCUGCGCAGUCGCUAUACAAGUGUAACAGGCCUAGCUACACAAGGAAGGAAUGAUCACGGUCAAUGGGUGACUAAAUACAACGUACAGUACAGUAUUGAUGGAGUUGAGUUUGAGUAUUACAAGGAAAGUGGUCAGUCACUACGCAAGGAGUUUUCCGGAAAUCAGGACCGUGAUACAGUUGUAUAUCAUGAACUUAACCCACCAAUCACAGCGCGGUAUAUCCGUUUCCGACCUCUAACCUGGCAAGGCCUUGUGUCGAUGAGGGUGGAACUUUACACCUGUCUGCAAGUAUGCACUGCGCAAGCCGUUGGUAUGGAAACUGGUGAAAUUCUUGAUUCUCAACUGUCUGCUUCAUCGGGAGUGCCUUCAAAGGCUCGCUUGAACGGAGUAACGACCUGGUGUAAACACUGGCCGGGCAAUGCGAAUGAGAGUGUGUACUACCAGAUAGAUUUUGGCCGUCCUUACCGUAUUUGUGCAGUUGCCACUCAAGGAAAUAACGGUGGGAACUAUGAUUAUUUGAAAGAAUACAUACUGAGAUGGUCUCACGAUGGUGUUAACUGGGAGGAAAGUCCAGAGGUAUUAGAAGGAAAUAGCAACGCACAUGAAGUAAAGAAAAACAUCAUUUCGGUGAUUCACGCUCGAUAUUUCCGCCUUAUACCGUUGAAAUGGAGUGUCUGGCCAUGCACAAAACUGGAAGCUUACGGCGAACCUUGGCCAGAAGUCUCGGGAGCGUUGUUUGAACCGCGGUUCGGCCCGGGUAAAGCACUGCCAGGUCAUGUGAUUUCAUCACGGAGUGUCACUGACGUCAUGCAGUGCAUCCAGUUAUGCUUGGUAACCAAUCAAUGCAAGUCGAUUAAUUUUAGCAGCCAGCUAAAGGAAUGUGAAGUGAGCGGCUCCAAAAGUGAGAUAGCCAGUAUCCGAGAACGGAAGGGCUUUCAUUAUUACGAGGUCGUUUCUUUCCAAGGCAUAUACAUUUGAGAAAAUGCCCAUGCUUCCGAGUUGCUUUUACGUAGUAGCUGCGACAGUAGCUAUGCUGUGAAACCUUGAGCUUAAUGAAAGUAGAAACUUUCCAAAAUUUCUGCUCACAUGUCCACACUUUUAAUCCUUCCCAGCACUAAAUGCCAUCUUCAUCAUGACGUAACUUUUCCCUGCUCCUUCAUAGCCUUCAUCUAUCCGUUCUGAAUCUUGAAUCUUUAAACAAGGAUAGAAUAUGACGAUGUCCAACAAGUGUGAAGACAGUGAUAUACUACUUCAAAAUUUGCAGGGACUGAUAAUUGCUGUUGUAAAUAUAUGGUUCGUCAUGUAAUUUCUCACCUUUCACAUACAUCGUCUUGUUUGAGUAUCAAGUAUUUAUCUUAACAUUGUUAACAUUUUCAUGAAUUUUAACCAAUUCUAUUUCAUUAUCAAUUUUAACUAAUUACCUUUUAAUUAAAUUUAUAAUCAGUUCCCAUUAUGUAGUUUUUACUGGUAAUUUACUAUUGCCAUUUAAAUAAAGGAAUUAUUAUUAUUGCUAUCGUUAUUUUUUAAAAAACCUGCCCAAAGGGUAGAUUAUUUAUCAACUCAAGGGUACUAGGUAACACCCCUGUUUUUCUUCAGGCCAAAAACUGGUUCCCUAAUGACAAUCACUUAUCAAAAGUUGAAGGAUAUGUUCAUGUAAGGUGCAGUUACCAGCAUUUACUGGCUAUCAUUUACUUAGAACAUUUAGUUCCAUUUUUUUUUUAAACAUGGCCAUCUCUAACCUUAUGGUUUUGUUUAUAAUUACAGCAUGUGUACUACGCACUUUUUGUUUGAUUCAAUAUGAUUUUGAUGAGGGAUGUUUUGGUGAUGGUGGCAGUCACGAUGAAAGUAAUUAGUCAAAUUUCAAAGAAGUAUCUGAUAACGUAGGCAAGUUGAUAUACUAUAAAGUCAAGUUACGUAUUAACCCCGAUGUGUCUCCAGUGGACCAUCCGAUCAGGCGUUCUCCAUUCUGUGACUGACCCUUUUAUAGUAAUGCUUUCCUACUUGGCUUUGAACAGACAAGCUUUGCAAUCAUAAAAAUUUUGUCCCCUGAAAAUAUGUAACUUUAAACAGAGUAUUCUACCUCACAUUUGAAUAAAAUGGAAUGUCACGUGUGAUAGCAACCAUGCGGUAUCCUAACUAGUCAGUUUUGAAAUUUGUGUGAGCAAAACUUUUCUGAUGACAAAGAUCUUCAAACACUUAUGACUAAAGUGGCCAGCAACGAUGAUAACCUGCCUUGGGGAGGAAUAGAAACCUCAACAGAGCUGCAAAAAGAGUACAAGUAUCCAGGAGCUGCUGUAUGUGAAUGUCACUCUCCAUAAAUUUGUAAUGCAUCAGAAUUUACCAUAUUUAUUGUGGAGUGCAAUGUCGAACACAUUCAAACUUGUCUACGAAUUUUUUAACACUGGUCCUUUUCUUUGGUUGAAAAGGGGAUUACUCGGGUCAUUUGCAAACAAAUUUACAUGAAAAUCUUUUUUGAUCUUGAUCUGAUAUUUCAGUAUUGUUCAUAUUCAGGCUGCCAAUAAAUUUCAGGAACAAUUGAGAAAAGGCCUCUACAAAAAAUUGUUACAUCGUGUUUAAUCGAUUUAAAAACAAAAGUG